CAGAGAUAAAGGACGCGUUUUCAUAACAAACUCUCCACGUGAUCAGAGAUAAAUAAACGAAGAAUCCAUGGACAUAUGAAAACAAUUUGGAAAGCACCUGAUUUUCUAUAGUUUUUAACAGGAAUGCUACUUAUAGGAAUCAUUUAAGUAAAUUUUGUGUCUAUUCCUUCUAGUAAAUCAUGAUAUUCAAAAGGACUAACGUGAGUGUGGUUUGUUUAAUAUCGUUUAAUAUAUGUGAACAUACGAUUUGAAACGUUUCACGGAAAAUAGCAGAUAGGAACAAAUUACUUCAACAUGGAUUCUGAAGAGGAAUCAUCGUCACUUAUUAAGUCUCCUCAGGAAAAGAUUAAAAGAGAAAAUGUUAAAAAUGGAUAUCAAAAUGGAGACGUAAAAACUCGAAAACUCGAUCCUGUAAAUUUUGGCGAAGCUAGUAUAGAGACUAUUGCUAACCCGAAUGAAAAGUCAGAAACAGACUUUACCUUUUUUAAUGCACCAAGGUCAAAGAAAAUUCUCCUACUUUCGUUGGGAAUGGUGAAUUUUUGUGCCAUGGCAUGCUUUUCUCUUCUUUCUCCUUUUUACCCAAAAGAGGCCGCGGAAAAGAAUGUCACCCAGACUGUGAUUGGUCUAGUUUUCGGAUCCUUUGAAUUUACAAUAUUCAUCACAGCACCACUCUAUGGAAAUUAUAUAACGAGGAUUGGCUCCAAAUUUAUGUUUAUUGCUGGUGUUGGUGUGUGUGGCGUGUGCACCAUUUUAUUUGGAUUUUUGGAUAAUAUACCUGACGAGAGCACGUUCGUUACGAUGUGUUUCCUGACCCGGGGUAUUGAGGCCCUGGGAGCGUCGGCUUACAUCACAGCCAGUUUCGCUAUCAUAUCCCAUGCCUACCCAAACCACGUGUCUACAGUAAUAGGGAUUUUGGAGACAUUCAGCGGAGUAGGUAUGAUGGUGGGACCAGCCAUUGGCAGUGCCUUGUAUGUGGUUGGUGGUUUCGGAAUGCCGUUUUACGUUCUGGGUGGAAUUUUGAUAGUUUGUGGAAUGAUCUGUCCUCUAGUAAUGCCGAAGAUUGACGAUAAAAAGCAGACGUUAUCACGCUCAAUAUUUUACUUGCUCAAGAGUCCUUUAUGUGUUGUCGUCUGCUUCAUCACUGUGUGCGGUACAAUUGGCUUGGGAUUCCUGGAGCCAGUUUUAGCUGACCGACUGGAACAGCUGGAUUUAUCAACGAUAUUGAUAGGAAUUAUGUUCUUAAUUAACUCUGCCACGUACGCCAUCGGGGCACCUGUUUGGGGCUGGAUUGGAGACACGAAGGGAGUCUUAAAAGGUCUUAUUAUUUUCGGGAACAUAGCAACGGGCUUUGGAUAUAUGUUGCUGGGACCCUCACCAUUUCUUGUGUUCUACCCAUUCGAAGUGUGGGCCCAGAUACUGGCUCUUGUUCUAGUCGGAGUAUUUUGUGGAGCGGCCAUCAUUCCCACCUAUAAUGUCCUAGUCGAGGGAGCCGUCAAACAACUUGGAAUGGAGGACGAUUUUGAAACUCAUGGACUAAUUGCGGGCAUCUACAAUUCGUGCUGGUCUCUAGGAGCUUUUAUCGGACCGAUGGUGGCCGGUGCCUUGGUGCAGGAGUUCGAGUUCCCUUGGUCCUGUACUGCAUGCGGUGGACUAUUCAUCUUUGCUGGCCUUGUAAUGCUAGUCUACGUUAUCGUGGAGAGGUACACGCUAUGCUGUCCAACCAAACCCUUGAAGGCUGGUUACGAAAAGAUGAUAGACGAAACUCUGUGUGAAAGUGUAGAAGUUUAACACGCCAUUAUACAGUAUAAUGCCGAUCACUUAUCCGCAAGCAAGAAAUGAGAUCGACCACUUCCGAAAAGUCGAAACUGUUUCAGUUUCUGCAAAAUGACAUUGUUAUAAGGCAAUAUGAAAUGGGAGCGGGUAUAUCUGUAAACCCUUUGAAAAACGUCGAACACUCAUUGGCAACGGACUUUACUACCGCGCAUCAUUACCUCAAUUACUUUUAAACAAGUUGAGAACAGCAGAAUCUUAUCCAGUAUUUGUGGGGCCGAUCCGUACCAUGGACGACUUAUUGUGCAAUAUGUUAGGAGAACUGGUACGUGGGGAUGUUUGUAAUAUUACAUGUGUUACCAAACACAUUGGAACUAUAAAUGGCAUAGCAUUAUGCCUAUGCUAUGCUUAGUUGGGUUUUUUUUUUACCAAAAAAGCUGCUCAACAUUAGACGGUUGGCGAUUUCUUACAUGGGACAUGAAACGGAGUGUGGUAUUAACUUCAAAUAUAACUGUGAUACGAAAUAAUAUAUGAUUAUUUCCUUUGUUAAUAUUUUGUUGUGUAUUAGACUUUUUGUGUUAUUAAUUUAUUACGAUGUAUUACAAAUCAUGUAUAUGUGAAGUAAAGUGCGUUAUCGAUUUACAAGCUGUA